GUCUGGCAAAAAUGUGUAGUGCAUGAUAAAGAAAAAUAUAUUAAAGCAGUAAUUGUAAUAACAAUACAAAGAAAAAGACAAGUGCAAGCCAAACACAGACAAUAGCUGGACUCGCUGGGAUCCGUCGAAGCUGGAAAUGAUUUUGGGGGCGCGUAGAUGGCAACGGCAUGCAGUUUGGUGCUGAUAAUGAUCUUAAUAAUAAUGAUGGUAGCAUAGCAAUUUUGGCUAAAAUUGAAUUAGCCCAGCGAGUGUGUGUGUGCGGAAAGGUGCGGCUAAGUGCGGAUUGGUACGGAAAAGUGCGUGCGACGUGUGCAGCUGCAGAAUCGUAUUUCGUAUUUAUGUCGCGACUACACUAUCCAGCCAGUGCAAGUGCAGCAGCAGCAACAUGGCGUGGCCCCCAGCAACAGCAACAGCAACAACAACGACAGGAUCACAAUCAACAACAUACGCUUAUCGCUCCUCCUGGCACUCCUGGGCCUGGAGACUAUGCCUAAGCGUACUCUGUGUGCUCUUCUACUAUCCACAUGGUGCCAAUUUGCUGCCUGGCGAAAAAAUUAACUACAAUCUCGUGCAUUCAUGGGCCGACAAACUGGGCAUGGAGCUGUUCCAUUUGGGCGAUUUUAUCACCCGUCGCAAGGAGGUGCAAGAGAGCUUCAAGGAAGCCAAGGUCGAAGCACGUUCGGGUGGCACAAUAGUUGAGGCCAUGGCAAAGGAAAUAGAAAUGAUGAUGGAACUGAAAAUUAGCGCCGUGCGUCGCAUCAUGGACACUGCUGAGAACACUGCACUUUCUCAUCAAAAUGAAAAGGCCGAUAAAUUUUUCUCAUAUUACAAUGCCAAGGAUAUGCUGGAACCGGGCGAGCCCAUGCCAACGGCGCCGCCCCGAGAUCUGGAUGAUAAAGGGGAGCCAUUCAUUUUCGUGCAGCCCAAGGAGCUGGUUUUGACGCCCAAUGCCGAGUUCCAUAAUACUCCGGUCAACUUCAGUGUCAGCUCAGUGCAUGUGCCAGUGAAUGUGUUUGAUCGAGCAUCGGAUGUUAUUAAAGCUAUUCAAUGGUCGGAGAAUUUGGAUCAGAUAUUUCGUGAUAAUUACAAAAAAGAUCCAACUCUGUCGUGGCAAUUUUUUGGCAGUUCGACUGGCUUUAUGCGUCAAUUCCCUGCAGCAAAGUGGAAGAAAGACGUACCGGUCGAUCUAUACGAUUGCCGUCUACGCUCUUGGUAUAUGGAAGCAGCGACUAGUCCAAAGGAUGUUGUUAUCCUAAUGGAUGGAUCUGGUUCAAUGUUGGGACAGAGGCUAGAUAUCGCAAAGCAUGUUGUCAAUACGAUUCUCGAUACAUUAGGUACAAAUGACUUUGUGAACAUCUUCACCUUUGAUAACGAAGUGAACCCAGUCGUCGGAUGUUUCGAGGACACAUUGAUUCAAGCCAAUCUUGGCAACAUACGAGAACUUAAAGAAGGGAUUGAAUCGUUUAAACCCAAAUCGAUUGCCAAUUAUACCGCUGCAUUGACAAGAGCUUUCGAAAUAUUGGAAGAGACCAAGACGAGUUCACGAGGUGCGCAAUGCAAUCAGGCUAUUAUGAUCAUAGGUGAUGGGGCACCCGAGAAUAAUCGCGAGGUUUUCGAGUUACACAAUUGGCGCGAUCCGCCCUAUAAGCCGGUGCGUGUGUUCACUUAUUUGAUUGGCAAAGAGGUGGCGAAUUGGGAUGAUAUACGGUGGAUGGCAUGUGAGAAUCAGGGAUAUUAUGUGCAUCUCAGCGAUACGGCUGAGGUGCGCGAAAUGGUAUUAAAUUAUAUACCGGUUAUGGCAAGACCACUAGUAUUGGGUAGGCAUGAUCACCCGGUAAUUUGGACACAGGUCUAUGCGGACGUUGAGGAUACCAAGCUAUCAGACUAUUUGUGGGAGAUUAAACAGUGCGAGGAGCAAAAGAACGAUGUCUGGGAGUAUCGGCGAAUCAAUGAUCGCAUGCUUGAACCGGGCGAGAUGCAACGUCGCGAAUACAGACGCAUGAAAGCGACCUGGAACCAGCCAGUCGACUCAAAUGUCUAUCAAUUCAUGACCACCGUAUCCAUGCCCAUUUAUGAUCGGCGUGAAAAUGCGAAUAUCACCGAAGAAGUUUUAAUAAAUGAAGCACUCUGGGAAUUGCAAACACGUGAGACAAGAAUUGCUAAUAUAUUGGGCGUGGCUGGCACCGAUGUGCCUAUUAGCGAAAUAAAAAAGCUACUCUCGCCGUUCUUGCUCGGCGUUAAUGGCUACGCGUUUAUAGUAACCAACAAUGGUUAUGUACUAUUCCAUCCAGACUUUCGUCCAAUUUUCCAAGGUUAUAUUUUGAAACCUGCUUACAAUAGCGUUGACAUGAUUGAAGUUGAGCUAUUGGAUGAUGAUCGAGCCGCCAGAGACUUUAAUCCAGUGCUGCUGACGAUACGCGAUUCCAUAAUCAAUCAAUCGACAGGCAGCAAAUGGAUGUUGGUUAAAAAUCAUUUUGAUGAGAUGAAACGCGUUGCUCGUAUCAAGCGCCAAUAUUACUGGAAUGCCAUCAAGAAUACCCCAUUUACACUAGUCAUCAGCUAUCCGGAACAGUAUGGCGUCAGCCGAUUGGCCAUACGUACGGAACAGGAUAUACAUCGUAUCAGCAUAAAGGGUUCAAAUAUACGCAGCUUCUUCGAUGGCAAUCGUUGGAAAAUACAUCCCGAUUGGCUAUUUUGCAAGCACAGCAACAAGACAUUCAAAACGCCAGAAAGAGAACUUUUGUUUUUUCUGGAGCGUAUGUCAGAGCCAGGUUGGAGAUGGCCAUCGAGUCGAAGCGCCAUGCCCCCGGAACAUACGGCAGCCAUGUUCUCUAACAACUCAUCAGCUGGCCGAUAUCCAUCAAUCAAUGAAAAAGAAAGCUACUAUUGCGAUCGACAGCUAAUGCAAGCGCUAGUAUUCGAUGCACGCGUCACCGAAUGGUUCUCCAAAAAUACGAGUUUUAACUCUAAAGAUGACAAGGGAAACGAGUUCAAGCAACGUUUCGGCAUUACCGUGGCCUUUUUGGCUACACACAGCGGACUAACCCGUUGGCAUGAAUUUCACACAAAUAUGGCUGAGGAGCCGGGUGCCGGUGAGAUCUUUAGUCAACACAAUAAGCGCGCCAUUGAUGAGAUUUGGUAUAAACGCGCUGUGGACCAACAUUUUAUACGAGAGGAGAGUUUUGUUUAUUCCGUGCCCUUUGAUGCGGGCGAGACUGGCUCGGAAAUCAUUGUAACUGCGAGUCAUGCCAUUUUUCAUAGCGAGGGCGGCAAGAAUGCACCCGCCGCCGUUGUGGGCUUUCAGUUUCAACACUCAGCGCUCUAUAAACUCUUUCAUAAUAUAACAGGCAAUGCCUGUGCCGUGGAUGAUAAAGACUGCUAUAUUUUGGAUAAUAAUGGUUAUAUUAUAGUAUCCUCUCGAGUUCACGAAACAGGCAAAUUUUUCGGAGAAAUCAAUGGCGCCAUAAUGAAGCGUCUAGUGGAGGAGAAGGUGUAUAAACGCGUGAUCGUAUACGACUAUCAGGCCGUAUGCUUUGAGUCAAAGAACGAUAUAAACGCAUCCAAUAUGCUGCUUUCGCCGCUAUUUCAUCUGAUGCGCCUAGGCAAAUGGCUGCUACAUACUGCGCUGUGGUAUAUUGUACAACUGCUGCAGAUGACUCCGGGUGUUGCGGCCAACUUUGGCGAGGCCUAUAUGGAUGGCAAUAUAACGGAGCCGGAGCCGGAAGAUAGCACCCAGGUGAAGAACACAGCCUGGCUGCGCUACGUGACGCUGCAUCGCACACGCCUCAAGUCGUGCGACAUGCAGCGUGAGUUGUACACGCUGUACAAUGAGAAAGACAAUGUUGUCUACAAUAUGACAGCGCACGCAUGCGAGCGGCCAUUUGUGGUGCUGCCCAUACCGGCCAGCAAUCUCAUUUUGCUGGUCAUCGAUCAGCUGUGCCCCCGGGAGGGGGCCCUCGUACUAACUGUGAAUCCCAAGCCCAUUGACUAUCAUCUGUCGCCCAACGAGACGUUGGCCUGUUAUAAGCGCGCGCGUGAAUUCAGUCGCAAGCGACCGCAGAGUUGCAUCAGCCGCCAUGCUAAUGAGAGCAACAUCAAGCUGUGCGGUAAGGCUUGCAGCCUAUAUGCGAAUCUUACGCUACUGUUACUCAGUCAUGUGCUCAGUCGCUUGCUUUAACGGCGGCUAGUAAUAACAACAACAACAACAACCACGACAACUACACAAUUUGUUUAGAAAAAUCUGGACAAAGUGUUUAUGUAUUAUAUAUACUAUAUAUGUAUAACUGAAAAAAUACUUUUGGGAAGCAACAAAUCCACAACAUUUUUUACUCUCAACGCUUAAGCGCCGUUCAUUUUUCAACAUUUUUCAAAUUAGUUUAAUUCUAGCCUUAAGUACUUAAGUAGCUAAUACUAGAGUUUCGAAUGUUGAGUUUUGUGUUUGUAUGUUAACUAAAAUGUAACAGUGUGUGCUGCCUAUGAUGAGCGAGAUGCUGCGCUUUAUUGUAGACCUUCCAAUAGACAAAUUAAAUAUUUAUUGUAUAAUUAUUUAAAAUACAAAAACAAAAAUACUAAAUGCAUAUAAACAAAUUCCAACAACGGCCUUAAGAAACUCGC